GUUGCUUUUGUCGCCGUGAUCGGUAUGUUUCAAAAAUUCUCUCUGCGGACCCAGUGAAUUCAUCGGCUGACUUUUUGUUUUUUUGCUGCAUGCUGCUUCGUGUUUGGCUAGGCCUCAUGGGAUUAUUUAUUUUGAAACGCAGAAAGAGACGUCAAAGCACGUUUUUCAAAACAACACCCGAAAAUGGCGGAGGAGAUCCAGAUCACAUGUUUUAUCCGACGGAAACCAUGACGGAUAACCACUCGUUGACAAUGCCCAUGCAAAACAUACCGAAAGCGCGUCCGUUAGUAGCGCCGCUGGCCCCCACCGGUGGUGAAGAAGAAAUGGGACUAUACGGUGGUGGUGGUGGUUACGCUCAACAGCCCAGCGGUGUCCAUGGUUACCCAGCACCUACCCAUGGUGUCUAUGGUAACCCCAGCUUUUCAAGCAGCGGCAACAUGGCGCAUUAUGCUUCACCGUAUGCGGAACAAGUGGCUCCGCCCGCAUACCUUCAUCGCCACGUUCCCAAUGAAAUCGACUAUUCAGAACCUCACCCAUUACCGCAACCAGGAUACACUAACAUUGUGCAUAAACCAGACACUCCCCCUUCGCAAGCAUUCUAAAGGCGUCUCACAGUUGCAAAAAACUGCCAAAACCUAGUGAACUCCUACAAAAAAAAAAUAGUUUUUUCAUU